CGCCGUAGGAAGGAAGUGAGUAAAGCGAACUAUGGGCUCCAGGGCGUCAACUUUGCUCAGGGAUGAGGAGAUAGAAGAGAUAAAGAAAGAGACGGGUUUUUCUCACAGCCAGAUAACUCGAUUGUAUAGUCGGUUCACAAGCCUGGAUAAAGGAGAAAAUGGGACUUUAAGUCGAGAAGAUUUCCAGCGGAUACCAGAGUUGGCUAUCAACCCUCUUGGAGAUAGAAUUAUCAAUGCUUUCUUCACUGAAGGAGAGGACCAAGUGAAUUUCCGAGGCUUCAUGAGGACUUUGGCACACUUCCGCCCAAUUGAAGAUAAUUCAAAAGAUGCAAACAGUCAAGAGCCACUGAAUAGCAGAAGCAACAAAUUGUUAUUUGCGUUUCGUCUCUAUGACUUGGACAAAGAUGACAAGAUCUCUAGGGAGGAGCUAUUACAGGUCCUGCGCAUGAUGGUGGGGGUGAACAUAUCAGAUGAUCAGCUGGGUAGCAUCGCUGACCGCACUAUACAGGAAGCUGACCAAGAUGGAGACAGUGCCAUAUCAUUCACAGAGUUUGUUAAGGUUUUAGAAAAAGUUGAUGUAGAACAGAAAAUGAGCAUCCGUUUCCUACAUUGAGCAGACAAUAAUUCAACUUGUUGAAUAUCAGGAAUAAGCUCUUUGACCCUGCAGCAAUCCAAGUUGAACCUUUUCCCAUUUAAACCACACUACUUGUUCAUUGUGAGAGGAAAAGCACAGUGGAAUUAAAGAGAGCAGUGCUGCUGUCAUACAAUUAUAUUUAUAUAUUUCUUGCUUUUUUUGUCUUCAAUGCAACAUUCUUUAAGACCAUGGACAGUAAUAGCAUUGAUUGCAGAAUUGUAUUCAGUGCGUAUGGUGUAAGACAGGGAUGCCUUACUUAUGGCCUAUGGCUGUCAGGGAUGGUGUAAAUUAUAGUUUAGCAUCUGGGGCCCCCACAGGUUAGACGUAAUCAACGUGGCCUUGUUGAUGGGCCUUUGCUCUGUGGAUAUCUUGCAUAAAUGCACCAAGAGCCUUUUAAACAAUGUAAAGAGUAUAGGAAAAUUCUAUGCCAUAAUCUUAAGAAUCUGUCUGCUUUGGGACAGAUUUUUUUUUUUCUUUUUGAUGGGGAUAUUCAGAUAAUCCGUGUAAAGAGUUGCUGUAAAAUAGUUUGUCUAAAUUAUACAAUAUGUAAUUGUUUUAAGCAGAGUUGAUGACUUUAUUUAAAAAAAAAACCAAAGUUAACUCUGUUCUGACAUUAAAUAAAUGACCAUUCUGGACCAAG